AUGAAUCAAGGAACAAGUCAGCAAGCGCCCUCACCUGACGAAGCAGUGGACCAUCGCGCCAUUUUGUACGGUAAUCCGAAUUUUCCGGCUUCCUUCUUUCCAGCCCCUGCCGUGGAGGCCACCCCUACCCCUUCAGUCCCCCUCCCGUCCGUUGCUUCUUCCCCUGCUGAAGAUGCGGAGCUUCAACCCCCCUCCUGGGUAGGGGGGAGAGACGCCGACAUGCAAUGGGGGCAUACGCACUACGGCGAUUGGUUGUCGGCAUCUUCAUCCACCCGGCGUCCCCUCCUCCCUUCAGCAGAUGUGCAGCGAAUCGGCGAGUCGCAGAGGGUAAGGAGCCUCAGCAGCUACAGGGGCCCCCCUGGCAUUUCGCACCCUCAGCAUCUCGCUGGAUGGCCGUCUGCCUUUUCUUCGGCUCUUGAAACUGGACAGGAAAGCUUCUGGGGAGCCGCCUCAAGGAAGCCUUUCGCGGGCAGACUCCCAGGCUCCCUCCCCGUACAGGAUAGCGCACUUGAACCCACCGAGGUCUCUUCACAUCGCGUCUACGGGGCACCUCAAUGGAGUACGUACAGCCAAGGAUUGGAAGGCGCGUAUUACGAGGCGUCUGGCAGAUUUGGGAGGGGCCAGGGGGGUGCUGCCCAUGACGACUACGUAUUAGCUCCCGAUGGCGAGGCGCGGGAAAUUACCAAGUUCGCUGCUGCAAGCCAGGAGUAUCCUCCUCCGCCACUGCGUAGUGAAGAGGCAGAAAGGUGGGGGGGGGAAGAAGGCGCCACAGCGGAUUCCCCCUGGCUCGAUCGCCUCUCGCCUCUCGAUCUUGGCAAGGGGCCUGUAUCGCGGAGGUUUCUCACGGACGUGUGGAGUCUCUGUGUUUUGGUGCUUUGCUGGGUGUGUUUACUAUGGCUGGUUGCAAGCUCCUUGUCGCAUGCUUCUCCCCAGAAGCUGACGGCGGGGGUGGAUUGGAAGGGACGCGUCUGCGGCUUGGAUGGGGGAGUGGCGCAUCUGCCUCUCCUCUACUGGCCUUCGAAGCAGCCUCCCAAAGCACCCAGCCGGGAGGAACUAGACGGAUCCAACCUUUUGCCCGUAAGCCAGGAGGAGCAAACGCGCGCUGCUUUACAACCAUCGGGUGUGUGCGACUCGGAUUCUGAGCGUCUGAACUUUUGCUCGUGGUAUUCUCCCGUUCCAGCGCGUCUGAUGUUGCAGCGCUUUUGUGUGUUCUCUGACGAACGCGGCUUCAUCAGGGAUCAUGGCGUUCUGCACUCCUGGCUGCAUUGGGUUGGUGAUCUCGCUCUUGUAUGGCCUCUGGCAGCUCCCUUGGUCGUUAUCUCUUUGAUUGCCGCUGCGGAGUUGACCUUUCUGCUUUCCUCCAUCCACUUCUUCUCGCGCGCGCGCGCCGCUUGGUCUACUGUGCAUGGAACUGCUGCAUCAGUCGCAAGCGAGGCGGGCUUGAAAACACCUUUCGAUGCAUCUUUCACGGCAAUCCCCCUGUGGAUCUCAGUCUCCUUGGGCGUACUUAGUGCGGCAGCAGCAGUUGUUCUUCUGCUCUGCGUCCUCUCCUUCAGACGGCAGCUCUCCCUCUGCACCACUGUCAUCCGAUCGGCGGCUGGCGUCUUGCGCGAGGCACCCAGCAAAUUUCUCCUUCUUCUCCCCGGCUUCACAGCCCUCACCUUCGCCGUGCAUGCUGCAAUUGCCCUCUUUGGAAUCCUGCACGUCAUGGCUGGAAGUGCAAAAUUCUCCGUUCCUGUCCAGACUCCUUACGGCGCCUUCAGCCCGUGGCAAGGCUUGUCUCUGGGCACAUGGGGAAGGGUGUCUGUUUGCAUUGUUGUGUUUGUGGCGCUGUGGACAAGUGCGUUCAUUAGCGGCGUAUGCCAGCUGAUCACUGCCUACUUUACAGCUUGCUGUUACUUUACGCCGAACGAUGCAGACAGGAGAGAAGUUCUAAGUGCUAAGGCGAACGAGUCAGUUCGGAUCAUCAUGAAAAAUCACCUAGGAUCAGCCGCGUUGGGAGGACUAUUGCUCUCAACGGUGGAAGUUCUGCGACUUUGCUUGUGCUGGGCGAGGAGGAUCAGUCCGCAAAGAAAUGAACCAGUAUUUCGAACGUACGGCAUGCCGCCUUCAACAUCCUUUGUUUUUGUCGCUCUUCUGGGCCAGCCGCUGUGCGCUGCUGCGUGGACUGCCGCUGCAAUACAAAAACGGAACCCCGUCGCCUUUUGUGUAGUAUGGCAGGUCGGACGCAUAGUUCAAGUUGUGGGGCAGCUCGUAGUAGCCUGUGCAGUCACAUGGACCACCUACCUCAUUCUGCCGAUCAUUCCGGGAACUUAUGGCCCUGACGGGCAGCUGUCCUCCCUGGCCGCGCCUCUUAUCUUCUCCUUUUUGGUUUCCUAUAAUGUUGCCAGCUCCUGCAUGAAAUGCUUCGGCUUUGUCGCGCUAACUCUUCUUCAGUCGCCUCUAGGUGGCUACACACCAUCCAGUGGCGCCGAUGAGACACGCAGUAGGAGCCUGAUUAGUACUGGAGCCACAAACGCAGAGAGGGAAAACGAGAGAGGCGGAAGAAUAAGAAAAAGAAGAAACAGUACAUACGGAGACGAAAAGAAUCUGGGAAUAUCGUAG